AUGAAGCUGUCUCUUUUACUCGCGGCUGCUCCGGUGAUUGCACAGCAGGGAGCAUAUCUUCAAUGUGGAGGUGCUGGUUGGACUGGACUGACUACAUGUGUGACGGGAUACGCAUGCGUCGUCCAGAACCCCUUCUACAGUCAAUGUGUACCUGGGACCGCUGGCGCUUCCAGCACAUCUACGAAAGUGUCAACUUCUGUAAGAUCGACGUUCACAGCUUCUACGACGAAGAUUUCUACGGCAGUUAGAACCACCUCAAAGUCAUCCACGUCUUCGAGUGCCGUGGCUAAGUCAACCAGUAUCCCCCGCUAUGCGAAAGCCAGUGGGGGUGUCUUCACUAUCAAUGGAAAAAAAACAUAUUUUAUGGGCACCAAUACAUACUACAUAGGAUUUCUCACUAAUUCCGCGGAUGUGGACCUAAUCAUGUCCCACCUAGCUUCGACCGGUCUCAAAGUACUCCGCGUCUGGGGGUUUAACGAUGUUACCACUGUUCCAACCGGCGACACUGUCUGGUACCAAUCGUUCGUGUCUGGGCAGGCUCCUGUGAUCAACACAGGUCCCAAUGGCCUUCAGCGCCUGGACUACGUUGUCCAAUCGGCAGAAGCCCAUGGCAUCAGCUUGAUCAUCAACUUUGUGAAUAACUGGUCCGACUAUGGUGGGAUUCCGGCAUAUGCUUCAUACUACGGGAUCACCAACACAGCUUGGUACACCAACGCAGCUGCGCAGGCCCAGUAUCAGAAAUAUAUUGCCGCCGUCGUUGCGCGCUACAAGACCUCCACAGCAGUCUUCGCUUGGGAACUCGCCAAUGAGCCGCGCUGCAACUCGUGCCCGUCAAGCAUCCUGACAAACUGGAUCGCCUCAACGUCCGCCUACAUCAAGUCCCUGGACUCAAACCACAUGGUCUGCAUCGGCGACGAGGGCUUCGGGCUCAACGGGGGCACCGAUACAAGCUACCCCUACUCCGCGGGCGAAGGUCUCAACUUCACCGCCAACCUCGCCAUCCCGACCAUCGACUUCGGCACCUAUCACGCCUACCCGGGAUCGUGGGCCGAGACCGACGACUGGGUCCCUUCUUGGAUCCUGACCCACGCCACGGCUGCAGCGGCAGUCGGCAAGCCCGUCAUCUUAGAAGAGUACGGGACGACGAACAGCGCGAAGUCCGUCAUGCUGCCCUGGCAAGCUGCGGUCCUCGAUAGCAGUUGGACGGCGGGCGAGUUGUACUGGCAGUACGGCGAUACGCUCUCUACCGGGGCCACUCACGACGACGGCCAUGCUAUCUAUUACGGCUCGGCUGAUUACGCGACUCUGGUGACUGCACAUGCUGCCGCGCUCAAUGCAAAGGCUGUCUAA